AUGUCUUCUCGCAAGAAGAUCCUCCUGAAAGUGAUCAUCUUGGGUGACUCCGGUGUUGGCAAAACCUCUCUGAUGAACCAAUAUGUCAACAAGAAAUUCAGCGCAAGCUACAAAGCUACCAUCGGCGCCGACUUCCUCACGAAAGAAGUCCUGGUUGACGACCGCCUGGUGACGAUGCAACUUUGGGACACAGCUGGCCAGGAACGUUUCCAGUCGCUAGGUGUGGCUUUCUACAGAGGCGCGGAUUGCUGUGUGUUAGUAUAUGAUGUGAACAACGCGAAGAGUUUCGAUACAUUAGACUCGUGGAGGGAUGAGUUCUUGAUUCAAGCGAGCCCGAUGGACCCCGAGAGCUUUCCAUUCGUGGUGCUGGGAAACAAGGUGGAUGUCGGCGAGGACAAGAGGGUGGUGAGCGGUAAGAGGGCAAUGGCUUUCUGUCAGGGCAAGGGUGGGAUACCUUAUUUCGAGACGAGCGCGAAGGAAGCGGUGAAUGUGGAGCAGGCUUUCGAGGUUAUCGCGAGAAACGCGCUUGCGCAAGAAGAGUCGCAAGAUUUCAAUCCCGACUUCCCUGAGACGAUACCCAUCAACAUUGGCGAGCAGAACCAAGGCUGCAACUGCUAA